UAUUUAGAUAAGCGUCACAAUUUCUGUUUAAGAAUCAGGAAAGGAAUUAUUAAUACUUUCGAAAGAAUCGUAUCACUAAAUUUAAUUAAAUUAAUUAAUAUCUGUUAAUGCGAGGAACGUAUAUAUAACAAAAUUAAUUGAUGUUCAAUUUCCGUAAACACAAAUUGUUUACAUCACAUAACUGAGAGUGCGAAUAUCAUAUUAAAGCGCAAGAGUCAUAGCUUCUUAUAGUUUCUUAUAGCUUCGAUAAUCCAUAACAUAUAUUUAAUAUGAAAUGAUAUUUAACGAAGAUGCGUGACACACACAUUUUUUAUUCGCUUGAAAUACGACACGUGGAAAGCGUAACAAAAAAAUAGUAUCAUUUCUCGCGUUCUUCUGUUCUUCUUGCGACUCGACGCUACGGCAUUGACUUUAUCAUCGGGAUUGAAAUCACUAAUUAAUUGUCAUUCUUGCAGAAAGAAGGAGAGAUAUGUCGAAAUUAAGUAAAACAGAUCCUACGGCCGGUGGAGAUGCACCCUUCGUAAAAAAUACCGAUUGUGCCGAUGACGCAAUUUCGCUAUCAACUAUUGAGUCGAAAUGUUCCGAUAAUGAAACUGUAGCCGCGGAAGAAGCUUCAGUAUCGACCUUAAAUGUACAGGCUGAAACCGAGCCUUUGGUAGAAGCGACAAUAAAUGACACACUCGGCGAAGAGAUAGCUACAGAAAAAGCUGCGAUAUUUAUCGACGCGCAAGAAUCCGAAGUUAAAAAUUUAUUUCAAAGUGAAGAAAUCGCUCUUCAAAAUAAAAAAAUGCCGCAUUCGAGAUCUGAAAAGAAGGCUGAUAACUCAUCGAAGCUUAAUGCGAGAAACGACAACGCGACGCGUAUAUCCGAUCUGGAGGCAGAAGUGCGGGUGAGAAAAUUCGGGGAGAACGCGGAUGACUGUCCUGAAAGAAACGAUUCAUCUCAGCAUGAUAAUGGAAAAAGAACGAAGGAGCGUGAUGAUUAUCGAAAGAAGCUGGAAGAAACGGAGAUGAAGCUGGCCGCGUUGCAGGCGUCCUGUGAGGCAAUAACAAAUCACGAUGAUGCCGAAGACAUUCUGCAACAAUCGGUGGAGCAAUUGCGCGGUCAGCUGGCGCAGACCGCAUUGAUGUACGAGGAGCGGAAUCGCGUGGCGACGAAUCAGGAGAGUCAGAUUAACGCCCUGAACAAUCAAGUGGCUUCGUUGAAAGAGGUGGUAUCGAUCACGCGAGAUCUGCUGCAGAUCCGUAACAUGGAAGUGAAGCAGUUGCAAACUGAAGUCGAUAAUAUGGAGAAGAAAAUCUCCGAGGAACGCGAUCGGCAUAACGUGAUGAUUAGUAAAAUGGAUGCUGCGAUGCGACUUAACGCGGAUCUCAAGAAGGAAUACGAAACCCAGCUGUCCUUAUUUCAGAGUCUUCGUGAGAAAUACGGCGAGAAAAUUACUCUGCUGACCGCGGAGAAACGAGCCCUCGAAACAGCCGCCUCUGCGCCUGAAUAAAGAUUUUUUUAUUUGCACGUCCUCGACAUCGUUAAUAGAUUUGGCACACAAAUUCCUUUUUCAUCGUAUAUAUAUGUUACCUGAUAUAUUAUCAAAUAAUAUAGUAUGUUAAUAAAAACUAUAUUUCCUCGCUCUUUCUCUCUCAUGUGAUUUCCUAAUAAAUUAAUUCCAGCCUUUCAAAAAAUACUAAACUUGCAUUCUGGCAAUUCGUGCAAUAAACAGAUGCUUGUAUUAUAUAUAUUUGUAAGUCUCAGAUUAAUACUUUUGUAUUAACUUGUAAUGAUGAUUAAAUUAAAACUAUAAAAUUGGAAAUAUAA